GGCUUAUACUUUCUUUGUUAUUUCCAUAUACACACACAUACACACACACAUAUAUAUAUAUAUAUAUAUAUAUAUGAUUUUAUGGCUCAUUUAUUAGGAUUAUUUUCUUUUCUUACAACGGUAUAAAAGGAUACAAAUGGAAUAUUCCUUUUAUUUCACAUCACACUCACGCUGCACACAACACCAAAAUGUGUAAUAUCUUUUCCAAAUCCUUAAUAAAUUCAUUGCUUGGCCUUUUAUUAUUUGUGGUUAAUAUGUGUAACCAUUCACCCACAGCAACGGAGGUCUGACAACUUCUUAUCAACUAGUGUCUUUUAUUUCCCAAGAUCAUUAUUUAUCACUUCAGAUUCAUCGCAACUCGUACUGAAAGGGUUUAUCGCUACGCUUUCAACAUUUUGACUUAAACAGGUAUACAAAAGGAAAAGGUUCCAUAUUGAGAUUGCUAUGCGGCGCCUCAGGUAAGCUAAAUGGGUAUGCAUUCCGGGACUUGCUUAUAUUACACGUACCACGACAUUUUUAUUCAGUUGAGAGCCCCUUGUAAAAUCAAUCAAACUUUAGGUACUAAGGAGUUACUUUGUCGGCUCCGAGUUAGCUUCUGGUUCAGAUGUCUUAUACAUAGUUUAUAUGAAGUUUUGAGCGUAAAAGCGAAGAUAUUUAGAUGGGAAAUAUUAUGAAAAUAUUCUUUAUUUGGUGAUCUAUUGAGCAGACAUCUGCUUUAACACAUGUUGCAUGGUUUAUAGGCUUCAAAAAACUAUAUUUUCUAAGGCGAAGUGGAAUCCUUUCUGUUCAAUAAAAAUAGAGCGAAAACAUUCUUCCUUUUUGGGGGGAAAGAAAAUGAGCCCGAUUAGUUCUUUAUCCAU